GAGAUGGUGAGCUCUAUACGUUUGGAGAACCUGAGAAUGGAAAACUGGGAUUAAUGCCUGAACAGCUGAAGAACAAUAGAGUCCCACAGCCUGUAAUGGGAAUUGUGGAAAAGGUUAAUAAGGUUGCUUGUGGUGGAGAACAUACUGUGGUGCUGACAGAGACAAGUGUCUAUACUUUUGGACUUGGACAACAUGGGCAGCUGGGACAUGGUACUUUUAUUUUUGAAACUUCAGUACCAAAGUCUGUGAAACACUUGAGGAGGUAUAAAAUAUGUAACAUUACAUGUGGGGAAAAUCAUACUGCUGUAAUAGCAGAGAAUGGCCUCAUGUUUACUUUUGGAGAUGGGCGACACGGCAAGUUAGGCCUUGGAGAAGAGAAUUUUACAAAUCAGUUCGAUCCUACUCUGUGUUACAAUUUCUUGAGGUUCACAGUCCUUUUGGUUGCUUGUGGUGGUUGUCAUAUGCUAGUUUUUGCUGCUCCAAGACCUAAAGGAUUUGAAGAACUGCUCUUAGAAGAUUUACAUGAAAGCUAUUUGACUGCUACAAUCUCUCAAAUAAGUGGAGACUUACUACUAACAAACACGUUACAGCUAACAUCAGCACGAAUGCGACGUCGAGAGAGGGAAAAGUCACCAGAACAGUUUAGUCGAAUGGCACAAACUCUGCCUCCACUGGGAGAAAGCUUCUUAAAAUCUUCACUACCUGUGACUAGCAAGACUAGUCCAUUCUGGUUUUCUGCAACAAAUCUUCCUAAAGCUGAACCUGUGAAGCACAGACGCCAUAAAAAAGUAAAGAAAAAGAAUCAUCAGAAGGAUAAACCUUGUGAACGCUCAGCAGAUGAAGAUUCAGAUAAUGAAAAUAUUGACAGAAACCUUGGUGAUACAACUGACAUCCUAAAUAUGACACAUGCAAUGAAAUUGAAUCCCAGUGACCAGUCCUUGAAAUUAUCACCACUCCAAAAACAAAAGAAGAACAAUAAAAAUGUGAAACUGAAAAGAGAUGGUAAGGGUGGGCUGAAAACCAAAGAUUCUGAUUUAAUGAAGGAGGGAUCAAAAUUAGACUCUGGCUCUUUACAAAAUCAGUCUUCACUUUCAGAGUUACCAAGACAAGACUUAGAAAAAAGUAGUGCCUUUGUGGGGAAGCCCAUGGCCAAAAAAAACACAGUGGAAGGUAAAUCUGAGAAUGCACAAACUGUUGGUACUUUGAAAAGUUGUGUUCAACAAAUCACUGGGGACAAAUGCAGAUUAGUGGGAAAAAAAAAAGCAUGUGCAGAAAAUCCUGAAUUUGUCAGAGAGGAUCUUCCCAGUGAAAAGCAAAUUCUGACUGAAAGAAUGAAUUCUUCCAGUAACAAGUCGAAAGCUGUUAAAUCUAAGCAAUCCCUAAAAAUCAAUGUACUUCCUCCUGCAUCCAGGGAUCAGCCCCAGACCGAUUCAUUAAUUACACAAAAAUAUUGUCCUGUUAAAAAGCAAGCAAGUCAAGAAGCAAUAGAAAGUCAAAACAAAAUAAAGGAUAUUGUUGAAAAAUCUGAUAAAUGUGAAAGAAUUUGCAUCAGAGGAGAAGAAAAUAGUGAAGAGCAAAGAGGGUUUAAAAAGAACGAUCAUUUUUUUAAACAAAUAUCUCUGUCAUCAUCUUCAACUGAGGAAAAUAGUAAUGAUAUUGCGAAAUAUGUACUUAAAAGUAGGGAAAAAGAUGAGGAAUACUAUGAAGGCAGAAAGGUCCAGAAGGCAGUUAAAACAGUAGAAGCAGUGAAAGAUUCGGACUUAGAAAAAGAAGACAGUGAGAUUGAGGAGAUGCAAGCUGCAAACAGUGAGAAAGAAUAUGUAGAAGAGACUGAUAUAAAAAGCUUGAAUGCGGAAGAAACAAACUCUGAAGUUGAAUCUGAUGAAGACAGACAGUUAGAAGUUAAGAAUGAGGAGGAAUCUAAUCAAGAGCAGGAGAAUGAAGGCAGUGAAAAGGGUGAAAGUGAAAAAGAAAAACCAGAUGAAACAAUUGGGAGCGAAAAUGAACAAGGGGAGGAAGAAGAAGAGAGUGAGGUUAAAAAAGAUAGAGAUGAAGUUUCAGUAGAAGGAGUUGAAGAGGAAAAACAUAAUGGAGAAGAAAAUGAAAGAGAGGAAUCACAGGCUGAAAAAGACAGUGAGAACGAGGGUGCAGAAGAGAUGGAACAGAUUAAUCAGGAAGGUUGCAAAGAACAAGGAGGUGAGGAAGGCAGGUUGAUAGAGGAAGAAAUGCUGAGGGAGAGAGAAAAGGAGGAUAUGGAAGAGGAGUAUGCUAAAGAGGAAGACACUGAAGAAGAAAAGGAAGAACAGGUUAAAAGUGAGGGAAGAGAUGAGAGUGAGGAAGGAGAUGAAGGGAGAGAGGCAGGGGAAGAAGAAGAGAAUGAAAAAGACAAAGAAGGUGAAGAGGAGGAAUUAAAAGAAUCACUGGCAGGGAGGGAAGAAGAAGUAUCUGAAGAACAGGAAGAGGAAGGUGCAAAUAGGAGGACCAAGGAAGUAGGGGAGGAUAAAGUGGAAGACAAAAUAGGAGAUGAGGAAGAGGAAGGAGCAGAGGCAGAAGCAGAAGGGGAGGAUAGAGAAAAAGAUGAAAAUGAGUGGGAAAAUGAAGAAGAAAAAGGGGAAGAAGAAGAUGAGGAAGCAGAAGGGGAGGAAGAUGAGGGAGAAGGGGGAGAUGAAGAAGAUGAGGGAGAAGGGGGAGUUGAAGAAGAUGAGGGAGAAGGGGGCAUAGAAGAAGAGGGAGAAGAGGGGAUGGAGGGAGAAGAAGGAGUGGAAGAAGAAGAAGGAGUGGAAGAAGAAGAGGGAGAAGAGGGGGUGGAAGAAAAGGGAGUAGAAGAAGAGGAGGGAGAAGAGGGAGUGGAAGAAGAAGAGGAAGAAGAGGGAGAAGAGGGAGUGGAAGAAGAGGGAGAAGAGGGAGUGGAAGAGGGAGAAGUGGAAAAAGAGGAAGAGGAAGAAGAAGGGGAAGAGGGAGAAGAAAAAGGGGAAGAGGGAGAGGAGGAACAAGAAGAAGAGGAAGGGGAUGUGGGAGAGGAGGAGGAGGAAGAGGAGGAUGUGGGAGAGGAGGAAGAGGAGGAUGAGGGAGAAGAGGAAGGAGGGGAAGAGGAGGAAGAAGGAGAGGAAGAGGAGGGAAAGGAAGAGGAGGAAGAAGGAGAAGAAGAGGAAAAGGCAAAAGGUAAAAGAAUAAAUGGUAGUAAUAAUCUUCCACAAAAGAAAAGCAAAACCAGAAAGCCAGAGAAGACAGAAAGUACUGCUUUACUAAACAGCUCUAAACAAAAAAUGAAGUCCAAACAGCAUGUAGCCAAUGGUUUACAUAAUUCAGAACAAUUUUGGAACAACAUACUACCUCAUUAUUUAACACUAAAGUAG